GACUGGGCGACCCUUUUCUGUCGCGUCACGGGCAAAGCGAAAGCCUGUACGGUGACCCAAAUUUUGAUAAGCGGGGAGACCAGACCCAGACCCGACACUCGAUAAGCUUAGGGAACCAUCUAGACUCUUAAUAAUGAUAUGAUAUUGGUGCUGAGUAGGGUUAUAAGAAAUAUGUGAAUUAACCACAGAGCUCGAGUUUGUGAUAUUAAUCAAGGAUGUUCCCUUUUUUUAAGAUCGGAGUAGGUUGCAUCUAUCUGUCUCGGGUUUUCACAUCGACUGAGCGAACGAUUCGAGAGGAUGCUGCUAAUAAGAACAAUGAAAGCCACCCUGCUGGCACUGGUACUUGUGACUUACGUUGUACCAUCGGCCGGCCCACCACAAGAGGAUGAGGAUUAUGAAUCCCCCGAAUCGGACGAUUCAUGGAGCCCUGACCAGACCGAUCAUAGCGAGUUCCAAGAAUUAGAGUAUCAUAACGAUCCCGAUAUAUUAAUGUUACAGCCAUUGGAGGACCCCGAUCUGAGCCAGACACUGGACUAUUACAAUCUGCCCGAGGACGUCAAUAUUGAAUCAAAAAUAAGCUCUGACCAGAUGCCCAGACAGACCUACUCUGGCAAUUCCAAGGAGGGCUUCUUCGACCCAUGGGAGUACUUGCCGCUAAUCGAGAAAGUUAAUGAAAACCCUGCAAACGAGCUGGACUUCAAGCGGAUGAUUAGCUUUCCGUGGAGCAAAGGUCGAAAGGCUAAGCCCCAUGAUAUGUCAAGCAUCAAGAACCAAUAUUGCCGCAUUUCGGCACCUCCUUCAAAACGUCCGGUUUGUCAAGGCUCAACCACAGACAGACCCACCUGUCCCUAUUCGCAAAAGCCAACGGCUCCUCCGCCCACUCCGAAGCCACAGCCCAGUAGAGACCAGUGCAACAAAAGCCAACAGAAACCCAAAAUCCGGCCACUGAAUCCGAAAACGGCAAAAAUGAUAUUGCAAAUUAUUAUGGACACCAAGCAGCAUGUUCUUUUUACUCUACAAAUCCUUAACCACAUGGAAAAUGAGGUGCUGACUCGCUCACCCGAUUUGUGUCAUCAGCAGAACCCGAAGCCAACAGUUCCGAAUAAAUGUUGUCCUGCCCCAAAGAAGAAACCAGAGAAAUCCCCGAAAUGUCCAUCAUAUAGUAAUUACCAAAGGAAAGCUCCCUCAUUCAUCGCUAUUCAGAGAGAUAAGCAACUUAAGAAAAAGAAGCAACACAGCGCCUUUGAUCCCGCAGAUAACUGGUGUCCAGCAUCCUCAAAUCAGGCAGCCAAUCGAGUCGAGAACGCACCGAAGCCAUCGGGACUAAAAAGAUUUAGCUGCAAGAAAUUUUGGAACCGUGGCCAGAAGCCACGUACAAGGAUGACACGGAUCCCUCCAGGCAUGGUUGCCAUCUUAGCUUAGUCACGAUUAUCUCGAGCAUUCUUAUUAUUGUCUACAACUAUUUGGAUCAACGUUAUUUUAAAUUUGGCGCUCACACACAUAUUUUUGUUCUUUCGUUUG